CGCCUUGAGAGUUUUGCUCAACAAGAGAAAUAUUUCACCGAUUUGUGCAGCUUUCCCAGAGCGGUGGCUAUAAUUGGUCUCGACCGUGCAGUAACUGUAGUGGGCUUUAUAAACCCUAAACCCUGUCUUUACCAUGAAGUGCUCUUGCCGUCUCACCUAAAGCUGUCCGAAGCUCUUUGUCGAGGUCGGAAGAAAUUUCAAAUUUGAGAAGUAGAUUGGAGCAGCUAUGUCGGCCGACCUUGAUGAUCUUGUGGGAUUUCUCGCCUCGCCAUCCCCACAGUUGAAGAAGGCCGCCGUGGACAUUGUACAAGGCCUCACUGGGACUGAAGAUGGCCUCCGCGUUUUGAGUUCCAAAUGUUCGCAACUGUUGCCGCCUCUUCUGAAUCUCUUAGCAGAUACGCAGGAGAUUGCUCAACCAGCAGCGGAGGCCCUCGUAAAUCUCUCUCAGGACAACAAGUCAGUGGAUACUUUUUUAAAUGCUGGAGCUGUCGAGAAAGUGAUGGAAUUAAUUGGCAAGAGUGGCUGCGGCAUCAAUCGGUUGCUGGUGAUGCUUCUUGUCAAUCUCACACAGGUCGAGUCUGGUGCGAAACGGCUUCUCCAGGAGGGAGAUGAAAAAUUGGCUGGAUUGAAUGUCAGUCGGCUCGUGAGAUUCUUCACCAGAUUUUCUUCGGACAAGGAAAACGAGGAUGCGUUCGAGCAUGUGGCUCCAAUUCUUGUGAACAUAACCCGCUUACAGUCAGGGAGGAAACUUAUUCUGGAUCAAAGCAGGGGUCUCUUCAAGCAGAUACUUCCUCAAAUCGACUCCCGAAGUCUAAUACGACGGCAAGGGGUUGCCGGUACUGUUCGCAAUUGCUGUUUUGAAGCCGAAGAGGAAUUGCCGAGUUUACUUUUGGCGUCUUCUUUUCUUUGGCCAGCUCUUCUGUUGCCAUUGGCAGGAAAGCGGGCUUACAGCGAAGAGGACACAGAUAAGAUGCCUCUUGAGCUAGCUACUCCUUUGUCGUUCGAGCGGGAUGGAGAAGAUGAUCCCCAAGUUCGUAUAGAGGCUGCCGAUGCGCUGUACUUGAUUGCCUUACAGGAGGGUGGUCGGAGAGCGUUUUGGAACGUCAACGGAACAAGAAUAAUACAAGUAGGCUACGAGUACGAAGAAGAUCCAAAAGUCAUGGAGGCCUACGAAAGACUUGGAGCUUUGAUCGUGCAAGAAAGUUUUGAUGUCGAGGAAGACACCGGCGGGUUUGUUCAAACUUGAGUCAAAGAAUAUAGAUUCCCAAGUGCAGCUUAACUCAAUCCACUUUGAUUAUGUUAGAAAAUCAAUGUGGAUGCAAGGGAACUGUGAGAUUUAGUUGGGUUAUAGUAUGAUCCUUUUAAAGCAAUCGAUUCAUUGGCUAGCAUUUGAAGGUUGUCCACUUUGCCUAGAGUGGAUCUGGCAGCUUGUUACCCUGGUAGGGUCGCAACUACAUGCCAGGCAGUUGUACAUAUCUACCAGAUUCGACUGAUGCAGUCCAAACCGCUGCCUAAUGCGAACUGGCAGAAUUUUGGUUGUCUUCCUAUUUUACAAGCAGGGCAGGUAGCCAUUACGAUUAGAAGGCAAGGCCAACGCGAUUAUGGUUUUUGAGUUCUAUCGUUCGCGUGUCAUUAUUGUGGGAUUUAAGAGGAUGGAUUGAAAAGAAAUUAUGCUAUUCAUAGAAACUGUAAUGAUAGUUUAUUCGAAUUGAAAUUGGUUUUUG